AUGAAAGAAGACCAGCCGAUAGGUUCGGGAUAUCUGUCCCGCGACGUCAGUGUGAUCAGCGAGCUGGUACGCACACUGUCUACGCGUCUUACUAACCAGCAUGAGUCGUCGGAAAAGCUCGAGGAAACUGCAGCUUCAAUUCUCGAGAUUGAAGAGAAGCAGCUGCAGGAACUGCUGGUGGAGCUGGGACGUGAUGAGUCGGAGUUUAAAAGCGAGAGCGACGAGCCGGAUACCACACUGCCCAUGUCGGUGCUAAUAGCCCGAGAAAACGUGGAGCUCGAACAACAAUUACAACGCCUCCAGUUUGUUGGGGGCAAGUCACAAGAGCUGCUCAAGCAGUAUAUGCGGGCAAUGGAGGAGAUUGUGGGAGACUCGCAGAUCUAUGCCGCCGACAUGGACCAUGCUGCAAGCCAGAUUAAAAAGUCAUACAAGGAGCAUGAGUGCCAGGCUGAAUCACGAAAACAAGAAUUGCUGGAGGAGAGCAAAGAGCUGAAACAGAAACUUCUACAGGUGAGGAAGCUAGUGAGUAAAGCACAGAUAGGCUUCCAUGAAGACGACUGA